GUUCACAGGGCACGCAGAGGUCGUGUUGUGCUUUUGCUUAUAGCUCGUAUAUAUUUUUUUUUUAGCCAGCUGGGAAUCGUCGUGAUGUGAUGGCUUUCCUGAGUUUGUUCCUGAGAAGGCAGCUGCCGCCGGCAGUGUGUCACUUGGCCCGGACGGUGAAGCUGCUCCGGCCUCCCUGCGCCGGAGCGCCGCUGCGGAGGCUGCACGGCUCGGCCCGGCUGCGGCUCACAGAGAAGGGAGGACCGUGGGGGAAGAGCCGAGGGCCGGAGCAGCAGUACCAGCUCUCAGACCUCGACAAGGCGGACGCUUUGAUGCUGAGAAAGUCCCACGAGACAGGAUUCCUCUCGUGGUUCAGGAACGGUCUGCUGGCAACUGGGAUCGGAGUCAUCGCAUUUGUCCAGAGCGAAGUGGGGCGAGAAGCAGGAUAUGCCUUCUUCAUCCUGGGAGGUGUGUGUGUGUCGUUUGGCGGCGCCUCGUACAUUGGCAGCCUCUUUGCCUUGCGGAGGAUGAUGCUGCUGUCUGUGCCAGCGCUGCUGGCCCAAAGCAUCACGGUGGCCAGCGUCGCCCUCUUCUGGCUCUGCGCGGUAUCCCUAUACAUCGGCCGCUUGGAGGUGGAGAUCAUCCACGAGGGAGAGGAGGAGGAGGGGGAGGAUGAGGAUGAGUGCCGGGAGUGCCGCGAGAGACGUGAGCAUCGGGGUUACCGAGGAUCCCACGACAGCAGACAUCAGAACAGUGAGGACAGUGACAGCAAGGGGCCCAAAAAGUAGAGAUGUUGGACGGUGUGUGUGUGUGUGUGUGUGUGUGUGUGUGUGUGUGUGUGUGUGUGUGUGUGUUGCUUUAAUUCAGGGCUUCCCUUAUAUGUGUGAGCGCAUGAGAGUGAGUCUAUGAAGAUACAGACCUGUUCAUUGUUUUUUUUUUGAUGUAAAGAUUAUUGUUUAGGAGGAGAAAGACUUUGACGUUUUCUGGAAAAUUGGUCAGAAAAUGCUGACGUUUUGGUAGUUUGACCACAUUCACUUCUGGUGAAUAAAUCAGCCUUUUUUGUAAGAUUUCUUAUCAGAUAUAGUCAAAACUGCUGCAUGUACAUUAUCAUCGGUCUGAAAUGUCUUAAUUACAUCCUCACAUUUACAGACACACUGCAAAGACUUUCUAAAACACUGUAUGCAAUCAUUUUAGGCCAGCAGUUGAACUGUUGGUUGUUGUUUGUUUUAUGAUGUUAUUCAACAUAAAUAACUGCAAAUGAUUACUUGAAGUUUUCAUUAAAGUCUUGAAUAACAAUAAGCUGGUUGUCGUAUGCUGUGAGAAAGAAUGAACAUGCCAUGUGCAUGUUUCAGGCCUGUUUUUUUCUGUUUUUCAUUUCAUUGAUAAAGGCUUGGGUUUUUUUAUACAGAGGUUUAAACCACCCCGUGAAGUCUUUUUUUUUAUUUUGUUUUGUAAGAGAAAUAGCACUUUUGUCAUUUUUUUGUUUCUCACCAGACUUCUUUUAGAUCUUUUGAAUUUCACAUCAGUUGGUCGUCACUUCACUACAACUGCUGUUUUAAUUGGUGUUAAGAAAAGUUGAUUGUGUGGAAAAGUUGAGUUUGUGUGCUUGAAUUUGGGUUCACUGUUGUUUACUUUUGUUUGUGUGCACCACUUUCAGUACACUCUGCGGUACAUACAGUAAUAAAGUUAGAAGAAAUCCAUGCUGAUAGUCAA